GCUUGUUGGCAAAUCCAGUUCUUGCAUUUUGGUUCACGACUUGUCAUUUGUAUACAGUAGUUUAUCCACAAUUUUACAAGUGUAUUUCAUCCAUCAUGAGUUCUCAAAUUACUUGUAUCGGCUGGGUGAAGCAAGGUGCUGCCAAGGAAAUUCCGGAAAAAGUUGAAUUGAGUCAGGAGGAGCUGCAACGCAUCAUCAAUGAGGCGAAGGAGGAGCUGGGGGAACAAGGAGCAGAGGAGGAGGAGGAUGCCGGCAUUGUAGCUGACGAUGAUAUUGGCGAUGUUGCCGGAGCGCAAAAUGAAGAAGAGGAUGAACUUGGAGAAUAUGACCUGGAUAAAUAUGAUGAAGAGGACAUAGCAACGGCCAACCUUGGGGACAGCCUGGCUGGGCUCACCGUGUUCUGCUCGAAUGACGAGGACCCUUACAUCACGCUCAAAGAUACUGAUCAAUAUGAGCGAGACGAAUUCCAAAUCAAGCCCACCGACAACCUCAUCCUGUCUGGCAAGGCUGACAAGGACUGCUGCAACCUGGAAAUCUAUGUGUACAACGCUGAGGAGGACUCUCUGUACGUGCACCACGACAUUCUGUUGCCGGCGUACCCGCUAAGCAUCGAGUGGCUCAACUUUGAUCCAAACCCUGAGGAAACUCUAUCUAACUAUGCCGCCGUGGGAAAUAUGACGCCGCAGAUCGACGUGUGGGACCUGGAUGUGGUGGACUGCCUGGAGCCCGCGUUCACGCUGGGAAGCAAAGAGGCGGCCAAGAAGAAGAAAAAGAGCAAGAAGGGUGCAUCCGCGGAGACUGUGGAAGGACACACUGAUGCAGUGUUGGAUUUGUCCUGGAAUAAGCUCGUCAGGAAUGUCUUAGCCAGCGGAUCAGCAGACGCAUCGGUUAUCCUGUGGGAUCUGUCUCAAGCCAAACCCGCCACCACCCUCCACAGACACGCUGAUAAAGUUCAGACGUUGACUUUCCACCCAUUUGAGGCGCAGACUCUCCUGUCGGGAUCAUAUGACAAGACGGCCCUCCUGUACGACUGCCGCAGCCCGGACGGCUACCGCACGUGGCGAUUCAGCGGUCAAGUCGAGCGCCUCGUGUGGAACCACUUUUCACCGUGUAACUUCCUGGCCAGCACGGAGGAUGGCUUUGUGUACUGUCUGGAUGCGCGCGCCGAUAAGCCCAUUUUCACACUGAAGGCACAUGAUGAAGAAGUGUCAGGCUUGGAUCUCAGUAGCCAGAUUAAAGGCUGCUUGGUGACGUCGUCGGCAGACAAGCACGUCAAGAUCUGGGACAUUUUGGGCGGCAAACCCAUUCUGGUGCAUUCGAGGGACAUGAAAAUGGGCGUGGUGUUCUGUGCGGCAUGUUGUCCCGAUCGGCCCUUCACAUACGCUUUUGGGGGACAGAGAGACGGCUUGCGGGUUUGGGAUAUAAGCGAUGUUGCAGCAGUGGCUGCGACGUUUGGUAGUCGGGAGCGCUUGGUGGUGAAUGCAGGAUCUGAAACAUCCGCAGCUGCAGCAGUGAUGGACACCUCGUAGUGGCACGACGACAGUCUGCUCAUAUCAAAAUACUUGUACUUUUUCAUUUACAACAAUGUGCUUUCACGGCAAAUUCUUGUUAGAUUCUCAAAGACACAAGUUCAUAUAUGCAUUCAUAUUGUUGGAAUUACCAGUUUGUUGCUGAAGGCUGCAAAUCCUUUGUACAGUUCCCAGAAUAAUAAUACAGUUUACAUAUUUACUGGUAUAAGUGUUAAUCAAAAUGUUGUAUAUCCAAUGUAUAAAUACAGUUUUUGAAUAUGCUAGCUUCAUAUUUUGUUAUGUUUUCUUUUUUAUUGCAACUUAUUCCAACUAUGAGCAAACUCGUUACAGUGGUGGAGCCAUGGCGACAUACUGCAAUUGGGUAAAUUCAAUUGUAAUCGGUCUUGUUAUUAAAUGAGAUUUUUUUUUUAUUAUCAAAUCUUUUAUUUACACUUUAUAAGAAGACUGAUUGCAAUUAAUCCAUUUAUUUUUGUGAGUUGUGUGUAAUUUACAGUAACUCGGUGUUGGAUUUAUCUCACCAAACAUUAUUAUGAAUAAACACAAAAGGAAUGAAGACGUUGGUCAUUUUACUCAUGAGGAGGGCGCAUGGGAGAUUGUUCAGGUUACAGCCUCUCAACACGCUCUAAACAAUCUCCCCCGUCGCUCCUACAUUUAUUUGAAAAUAGGAGAGUUCUACAAGACAUAAUAUUCUAAGCAUUAAGACACAACACAAAACAUAGGACCAGCCGACACCUGUCCCGUCCCCGACCACAUCCGAUCACGUCCUUGGUCAAGGCGCCCUUCCAUCAAAUGUUGCUGAGUCAUCUUCUUGAAGGCGAGACAUCUUUCUAUCUAAAUAUUGUCCAUAAUACUA